AAAAUUUUUUUUUGUAUUUAUUAGUGCUAUAAAUUAUGUCUGAUUGUCAUGAUGAUGAAGAUAUCAUUACUGUAGAGGAUGCAGUUUAUGAAAUGGAUGCUCAGGUUGAAGAAUCCAUUGCAAUUUUAGGAGCAAGUGAUUCUGAUAAUUGUACAUACUCUCUGGGUUAUAUGGAAAGACAGGCAUUGUUUGCAUGCAAAACUUGUGAUCUGAAAGGUGAUGCUGGCAUAUGUUAUGCUUGCUCGUUGACCUGCCAUCAAGAGCAUGACCUUAUUGAGUUAUACACUAAAAGAAAUAUUCGAUGUGAUUGUGGAAAUUCAAAGUUUAAUGGGUUUGAAUGCUCCCUAAUUAAGAAUAAAGACCUUUUGAAUGAAAAGAAUGCAUAUAAUCAUAACUAUAAAGGUUUAUAUUGCACUUGUGAUCGACCUUAUCCUGACCCUGAAGAAGAGAUAGAAGAUGAAAUGAUUCAAUGUGUAGCAUGUGAAGAUUGGUAUCAUUCAAGACAUUUAGGUUCUUUACUCCCUGCUGAGUUUCAUGAAAUGGUGUGCUAUCUCUGUGUUGCUAAAUAUAAUUUUCUUCAGUAUUAUUAUAAUGAACAAGUAAAUACACCAGAUAUAGAUGUAGUAUCUGUUGAUAAAGAAAAGGAAUCAAAAAACACAGACAGUCAUUUUUCUCUAUCAGACACUUUAACAAAUGAAGAAAAGCAAAAUAAAAUUAAAAAAAAUGAAGAGAUGUGCAAACUAGAAAAACUAAAACAUCAUUUUGUUAACCUUGGUAACAUAGAUAAAAAUGUAUCUUUUUAUUGGAAUGAUGGAUGGAGGAGCAGUUUAUGUAAUUGUGCUAUGUGUUUGGAAUUAUAUGAGAAGAAUUCAAUUCCUUUCAUCAUAAAAGAAUCAGAUACAAUAACAUUCUAUGAAAAUAAAGGAAAAGAAAAGGCCGAUAAUCUUUUAAAGGAUGCUGCUAAUAAAAUCUCUUCGAUGCCCAUAGUACAACAAGUUGAACUUGCUAGAGGUUACCAAGAGCUCAAGUCUGGUCUGCAAAAUUUUUUACGUAACUUUCCUCCAAAUCAGAUUGUCAAAAAGGAAGAUGUAGAAAGCUUUUUCGAAGAGCUCAAUGAACGCAAACGUAGAAGAGUCACUAACAUCCCACCGAACAAUUGUCGUUAGUCUUCUAUUAAAUUCAACUGCACUUUUAAUAAAAACGAUGAAAUGAAAUAGCAUAAACCAUUGAAGUUUUUUCAGAAAAAAAUAAAAUUGAUGCUGUGUCAUAUUAUUGUCGUCGUGAAUAUCUAAUGAUGUUGCCGAUACCGUUUUGUAACAUCGUGUUUUAAUAAAAUAAAAGUCGUGUUUUAAUAAAAUAAAAUGAUUCUUUACAUUCGUAAAUAUAAAAAUGUAAAACAUUUUUACGCAUUAAUAACUUAAAGAAUAAAUUUAAUACUUGAUAAUUUGUCAUUUUAUUAAUUAUUUAUACUUUAACAUUGUACUUUGUUGUGAGAAUCAAUAGUAUAAAUGUAUUUGUAAUUA